ACAGGCUAUGGUUACUGUAUCCUGUCUGUUGAUACUUAGCUCCGCCUCCUCCCUCCUUCAAAACCUCAGACUCUGCAGAAAACCACACAGCAGCUCCAGCCCAGCUGUCAAUCAUCAGUCAGCAGCAGGGGCUGAUGGGAGUUCUGAGGACCUGUUAGAAACCGCCCGGCUCAGUCUGACCCCGCAGCUCGUCCUGGUUUGGCCUCACUUCUCGUCAGGUUCACCAGAGGAAAACAACAAAAUGUUUCUCCUCCCUGCUGUGGCUCUGUGCUGUGUGAGCUCAGCGCUGGCUGCCAUGACAACAGAGCUCAAACAGGACAGUUUGUCACUGACCAGGAGAGUUGGAGAAAGUGUCUCCUUCAGCUGUGAACGUAUAGACCUGUGUUCUUCAGUUUAUGUGUACUGGUUCCAGAAAAAAGACAACGAAACAUUCACAGGGAUUCUGGGGAUUGAAAAGAGUGAUGGUGUAGUAAACAAAGCUCUUUACAAACAUCCUCAGAAAGAUGAUUUCUCAGCUGUGAUCAAACAGAAUGGCGUUGAGCUGCAGAUCCAGAAGGUUAAUUCCUCUCAUUCAGCCACAUACUACUGCUCCUGUUGGUUAACACCCACAGUGAGAAAUGAUCCGAGCAGGCUGAACAAAAACCAACAGAUGAGCAGAAGUCAGAUAAUGUUUGUGACAGGAAGACAGCAGUAAACCACAGCUCACUGAGUCAUUCACCUCCAUCACACACAGGAUGAACUGAGGGAUUAUUUUACUGGUGUCUGGAUUGAUUCUUCAUUUUAUUUCUUUGUUUUUCUCAAUCAGAUAUUUCAGUAAGGUCAUGGUUAGUCCACACUGUGAGGACAAAGAGAGAAGAGCAGAAACACAUUGACAAAAUAAAUAAAUACAAUAAAA